GUCUGUGUGCUUCUAUGGUCAGUUAAAGUAUUUCAUUGUAUGUUAAUCAUGUUUAACCUUUUCAAUAUUCAGAUGCCACCCCGUAGAGAACCCGACCGUCCUGUUGUUUCUCAGUCUACGAUAGUCGCACAAUUUCGCGACUACCAUCCUGAGAAAUUUUCUGGCCAAGGAGAUCCACGUAUUGUAGACGAAUGGGUUCAGGGACUUGAAUUGAUUUUCGAGAUGAUCCGUGAGAAGUAUUAUACCACGUACUACCGAGCAGAAAUAGAGCGUCAAUUCUUGUCGCUCAAACAGGGUACUCGUUCGGUUGAUGAGUACGAGAGAGAGUUUACUAGACUCGGAGCUUUUGUUCCAGAUCUAGUACGUACGGAGGCACAAAAGGCACAAGGUUUUACUGACGGGCUUUACCCAGCAGUCCGUCAUAACAUUGUAGGUCACGGGACCCAGACGUACGCCCGUACCGUUUCUAUUGCCCAGGAGGUGGAUGCCAACAUUCGUAGGGAGGCUAACAGAGAUCGUCCUCAACCAGUUGCCCCAGCCCAGUCAUCUACAGCUCCACAAGUGCCACCAGCUGUUGGCCAACCACCGAAUGGUCAGAAGAGGAAAGGGAAAGGUGCCCAGACGGAUAGGAGGACCCGACAGAGGCCACAUCAGAUCCCACAGUGCCCCACUUGCGGACGACUUCAUCACGGAGAGUGUCACAUGGGCCAGGAUAUUUGUUAUUACUGUCAUGAGCCCGGACAUUUUUCUAACCGCUGUCUGAAGAAACUCCAGCAGCCACCCCAGCAGCAACAGAGGGGCAGACACCAGGGCCGUGUUUAUGCGGUCGAUCAGGCCAAGGCGGAGCAACACCCAGGUACCAUGUCUGGGAUGCUUAUGCUUAAUGAUAUUCUCGUCUUCGCGUUAUUUGAUACUGGAGCGACUCAUACUUUUAUAUCACGACGAUGUCUCGAUGCCAUCAGAGUUCAUGUCAAUAUCGCUGUCGAUCCUCUCGAGGUGAGUUUAGCCUCGGGACGAAAGAUAGUGACUUCAACCAAAGCCGCAGAUCUCAGUCUUUCUAUUGGUGGCCGUAUAUUGUCUACCGACGCUUAUGUUCUCGAGAUGAGGGACUUUGACCUCAUACUCGGCAUGGAUUGGCUAACACGUUUUCAUGCAGAUAUCCAAUGUCAUGACCGGGAGAUUACCCUUUAUCUUCCGAGAGAUGAUCAGAUCACUUUCUUCAGUACUAAGACUC